CCUCCCCUUCAGAGCUGGAAAAACCCAACCAAACAUCUGACAGGGAGCCUGAGGGAGGGAAGAGGCGAAGCACCACCGACUUCCCAAGAUGCUGGCACUAAUAAACCGGCUUUUAGACUGGUUCAAGUCUUUAUUUUGGAAGGAAGAGAUGGAGCUGACCCUGGUCGGCCUCCAGUAUUCGGGAAAAACGACGUUCGUCAACGUAAUCGCCUCAGGCCAUUUCAGUGAAGACAUGAUUCCCACAGUUGGAUUUAAUAUGAGGAAGGUCACCAAAGGAAACGUCACUAUUAAGAUUUGGGACAUCGGAGGACAGCCACGGUUUCGAAGCAUGUGGGAGCGCUACUGUCGCGGUGUCAAUGCCAUUGUAUACAUGGUGGAUGCAGCGGACCGUGAUAAAGUGGAGGCGUCGAGGAACGAGCUUCAUAAUCUAUUAGACAAACCUCAAUUACAAGGGAUCCCUGUUUUGGUGCUGGGGAACAAAAGAGACCUUCCCACCGCUUUAGAUGAAAAACAGCUCAUUGAGAAAAUGAAUCUGGCAGCCAUUCAGGACAGAGAGAUCUGUUGCUACUCGGUUUCCUGCAAAGAAAAAGACAACAUUGAUAUCACCCUUCAGUGGCUCAUUCAGCACUCAAAGUCCCGGAGGAGCUGAAAACGUUGGGGGGAGAUGUUGACGCCAGCUGUUUGCCAUGUAACCGUCUUGCCACGUCAGAUGUGUCCUUAAUUCACCAGAUGCACUCUUCUGCUUUUUGUUGUCGUUUCCAUUUGUAACAUCACCACCCACAAACUCUUGGGAAAUGCACUACCCCAAAAUGUAAUCUUCGAUACCAAAUGAAUGACAUGUAAUUGGCAUUAUUUGUCCUUGUGAACUUGUAUGAAGUGGCUCAUGAUAAUGUGUGGGUUUAAAUGGUCAAGCAGCCUUUUUUUGCCGAUCCAUUUUUCCCUCCAUGUACAUUUUUUUCAAUUAUUAUGCAGCCAAGCAGGUCUGUACAAAUAGUAUCCAGCUUGUAUGAUUUUUAACAGCGAUUGUGCGUAUGAAUAUAUGAUUCUAUUUAAAGUCUGAAUGAUCAAAAAUGACGUCUGUUGCAGGGUUGUGUUGUGUAAUGUACUCUGCUGUGUAAAAAGUAAGCCUCCCAGCAAUCCUUUUUGCGCUGAGAGCGUGGUGGACUUUAAAGUGCCUUGCGCAAACGUCUCAUGAAGCAACACGGCAUGCAAGUUGUUUGCCGCCGAAGGGGGAAAAAAACACCAAUCACUUCAAUGUAUUCAAUUAAAGGCUUGCUUUUUAAUUUAUGCAAUA